CACCCAAAUCCACCCAAAUCCACCCAAAUCCACCAAAAUCCACCCAAAUUCACCCAGAACGAGGAUUUGGCUUCUCCCAGCUUUUUGGGGCGCGGAUCCCCCCUGCGCUUUGAAUAAUUUCCGGCACGGAGAGAAUAAAAAAAGCCAAGAUUUGACUCGUUCGGCCCCAAAAACAAAACGAAACAGGAAAUGAGAGGCCCAGGGGUGAAGAUCUUCCCGUCACCACCUGCUCCGAGCCCCGGAGCGGCUCCGUGAUCCCGGGAUGGGCUCCGGCGUUUGGCUCCGGCUGCUCCUCGCCCUCGGAGCUCUUUGGGGGAUCGGAGCCCGGGAAACGGUGCUGGGAACUUUGGGAGAGGCGACCUUCCUGCGGAUCCCCCGCCAGCUCCAGGAGCGCACCCAGGAAUUCGGGGAAGCCUCCUGGAAAAAACUGACGGAGGAGCUGCAGAGGAAGAAAUUCCUGCUGAAGAUUUCCGGCGGGAACUACACGGAGUUCGAGCCGGGCCGGGUGAGCUUCCACCGCCGGGAUUUUUCCCUGGAAAUCCUCAACACCAGCCGGGAUGACCGCCGGCUCUACGAGUACAGCGUCAGCAACGGGCAGGAGGAGGAGAUCUGGCAGAUCCAGCUGGAAGUCCGGGAUGACCGCCGGCUCUACGAGUACAGCGUCAGCAACGGGCAGGAGGAGGAGAUCUGGCAGAUCCAGCUGGAAGUGUUCGAGCCGGUGGCCCAUCCCAGCAUCCGGAUCCUCCGCCGGGAAUUGUCCAACGGCAGCUGCUCCCUGGAGCUCCGCUGCACCUCGGAGAGGGGGGAUGAGGUUUCCUACAGCUGGGAGAGCCGGGACAACGGCACCGGGGGGAUCUGCUCCGGGAACGGCAGCUUCCUGAACCUCUCCUAUUCCCUGCGGAACGCCGGCUUCGGAUGCGUCUGCACCGCCAGGAAUCCCGUCAGCAGCCGGGACGCCGCCUUCGACUCUUCCCGGUGUGGCUUCGAGCAGCGGGGUGUCCCCGGGCUGCGGCCGGAGCUCCUGGCGCCGCUGCUGGCGCUCGCUGCCGUCGCCAUCGUCACCGCCGCCGUUGUCACCUUCAGGGCCACCCGCCCGGCCAAACGUGACCGGGACCCCCCCCAGGACACUCCGGACCCGUCUCCGGCCGCUCCGGACAGCGCCGGGGCCACCAUCUACGCCCAGGUGCAGAAGCCCAAAGGAACCGUCCCUGAUGCCACCACCAUCUACGCCGCGGCCACCGGGCCACCCCCCGGAGCCCCCCGGAGCCUCCCGGAUGAGCCCCCGCGGGGACCGCCCCCGCUGUCCCAGGAGCCCACCACGGUUUACGCCAGCGUGACUCUGCCGGUGGCCUGAGCCUCUCCAGGAAUCCCGGGGGAUCCCGUUGGAUUUGAUUCCCAUCGGGAA